GCGAUGUCCAUUCCCGAGAUCGGUGGUGAGUCAUGCAACUACGGUAGGCCCGUCAUCGUGUGCGUGUAAGCGCGCGGAGGAUCUGUUGUGUUGGCAUAGCCGUUUGGACAACUAAGGGGAGAAGCGAAAGUGCAAGGAUCCGACGUAGGCAAGUGUGUGUGUCCCCAUAAGCCAGAAAAAUAGGUUUUGUGGGGUAGGAAGUGUGAAGGGGCUGCAGGUAGGUACAGGGACAUUCUCUCUGCGAGUGUGCGGGUGUGGGCGCUCUUCUCUGCAAGGGAUGGGGUGCGGACUGUACAGCAAGCCGGCCACCAUAGAAGAUCGUGGCAAUCCACCACGUCCUGGACAAGUGGCUGGUGUAGAUGGAGGACGGCCAAGCGAAAAGAUGUCUAGCGGAGGAGGGAGGGAAAAGAUGUCUAGCGGAGGAGGGAGGGAAAAGAUGUGUAGCGGAGGAGGAGGGUCCAACAUAGUGUCGAACGCAUGUGCAAGUAAUGGUAUCUCUGUGGGUUCGUCGAAUUCCUCCUCGACUACCGGUAAGAAACUGACGGAGAAAGAAGGGCUGCAAGUUAAUGCGGUCCUGUCGAUGACGGCAGUGAGGGAGAUGCGCGCGCAGGAAAUUGAGAAGAUGACAGGCCAGUUCUGCGAGUUGUUAGGGCGGGGUGGGUUCGGCAGUGUGUACAAGGGGGUGAUCAAAGGGUCCAAUUGCACGCGAUGGGUGGCGGUCAAAGUGUUGUCGUCAAACUCGAGGCAAGGGAUUCGAGAGCUGGUGAAAGAGAUCCAGAUACUUCCUAAUCUGCAUCAUCGACACCUGGUGUCGUUGAUAGGUUAUUGCAACGAGGCCACGUGUCAGGCGCUGGUGUACGAGUACAUACCGAACGGAACGCUUAACGAUCAUCUGCACUGCCGCGGCGGGUUGGCGCCCUUGACGUGGAGACAAAGACUGGCGAUUGCCCUAGACGUAGCGCGGGCUCUCAGCUACCUUCAUCUUCACGUCUCCCCAGCUAUCGUCCAUCGAGACAUCAAGCCUUCAAACGUGUUGUUGGACAACAAAAUGCAUGCGAAGCUGGCCGAUUUCGGAUUGUCGAAGAUGUUUGCUGACGACGAGUUUACCCACCUCACCACGGACAUCAAGGGGACGGCGGGAUACUUGGAUCCCGAGUACUAUACAACUCAGCGUUUGUCCGAGAAGACGGACAUUUACAGCUUUGGGGUGCUCUUGAUGGAGUUGAUCAGCGGCAAGCCUCCGCUGGGAAUAACUGCACAAAGGCAGCGGUUUGACCUUGUGAAGUGGGCCAGAGUGCAACUGGGGAAAGGAAACGUAGAGAGGGUAUUAGACAAGAAGGUAGCGGAAGGGACUUACAGCGUAGAGGCGCUGUGGAGAUUAGCGGAUGGGGCGAUGCUAUGCUGCGAGCCGUACUCGGCCAAUCGUCCGGGGAUUGGCGAGAUAACAAGGAAGAUCCAAGAAGCAAUAGACUUGCAAAAUCUGAGUGACAACGGUCAGUCGACGCAAGGGGUACCUCGGCAGAUGAUGCGGGCGGCCCCCGAGCUACAUGGGAGUGGGGAACGUCCACGUAGCGCUGAUGUGCAGGAAGAAGGGAGAGAGGCGGAGGGAGGAGGAGGAGGAAGGCGAGAGGAAAGAGCACCUUUCUGUCCCCCUUUUUCACCGCACGGAGGGCCAUCUUUACCAGUACAGUUUCCGACGCAUCAAGGACCAUAUGGAGGAGUAGCAGCAGGAGGAAGAGACCGAGGACCGUAUAAUAAUUAUAAUCAUCCACGUGGAAGAGAAGGCGGCGGCCAAAGACCAUAUGAAUAUAACUCUGCCUACACAUGAUGGACAUGGAAGACGAGGAAACUAUUCACAUGAUGGACAUGGAGGAUGAGGAAACGAUUCACAUGAUGGACAUGGAGGAGGAGGAGGAUAAGGAAAUCCUGGUUUGGCUCCUUCUCCGUCCCCGGCACGGUAUCCUCCGCAGCUACUGGUAGGGCCGCUUCCGCCAGGUCAGUACUUUGCCGCGCCCUGACAACCAUAUCGUUACGAUUAUGUCGAGGCAAGAGGUGGAGGAGGAGGCGGGAGAGAUGGUGGUGGAGUAUCUCCUCCUCGUCCUAAGCCGGCUGCACAGUCUGUUCAUACGUAUCGGUAUCUCUUCUACACUGGACCUUCUCCUUAGUCUAAUCCUUUGCAGCAAUCUGAAGAAGAGCGACCACCUCCUCCUCCUCUCCCUCCUCCAGCUUCAGCUGCUCCUGCCUACUCUCACCAGCCACCUCCGUCGAAUUCUGACCUCCCUCUCCCGCCUUCCCUUCGCCCAGUUUAUAGCUGAGCACGGCUGUGUAUUUAUGUUGCCUUAGCCGAUGCGAUUACACGGCCAAGGAUAGACACCCAAGGACGAGGAGGAGGAGAGGAGAGAGUAAUCGUAUUAGUGUUAGCAGUACGACGAGUAGGAGAGAGGUGGUCGAGGGCGAGUAGAGACGGAGGGGAAAGGAGAACCCAAACGUUCAGGGGAGCAAAAUGAUGAUAAUGAUGAUGACGAUGAUGAGAAUGGUGAUGAUGAGGAGGAGGAAGAAGAGGAGAUUUAGGAGGGGAUGUCAUUCACAUCUUCCUGCCUCUCGCUGCGGUCCUCGCGUAUUACCGACUCAUCGUCUAACACUCCUUUACGUGUUCCAUUCUUUUCUUAGUUGGGUUUUGUCUAUCUCGGUUACGUGCGACCUUCUAUCGUUAUGGCCGUACCGUAUUUCUUCCUUUCUGUUUCAUUCGUAGGGAAUACCUUCUUUUUUUUUUUUUUUUUUUUUUGAAACAGGGGACGCCUUUCGAUCUGUUCAGCGUUUCUCUAUCUUCUCUUCCCCACUUACGGCGCUCUGACCUUCUCUUUUCCUGACACAUGCCGUCGUCUCCGUUACUGUCUUCUUUUUCAUACUGCUCUUUUCGGCUUCCUACCUCUCCUCCAUCUUCUCUCCUCUCCCUUGCUUCCCCCUUCUUCUACCACGUCCCCUUCUUCUACCACGCAUCGGUUAUCACCUCCUCAAAUUUCUCUCUUACCUGAACUCUUCAUCUCGUGAUUCCGGACGCUGUAGCCUUCAGACGUCCGCGUCUGUGCAUGCAGCAUUCUCUUUCCCUCCCUCCCUCUCUCCCUCCCUCUCUCCCUCCCUCUCUCCCUCCCUCUCUCUCCCCUCCCCUUUGCUCUGCGCUCCCGCCCUUCGGGUGUGAACGGUCUCCCAACGGGGACUGCUCAUCAAAUUGUUUAUAAAGGAGAAUGCGGAGGUAGCACGUUGACUAACAGUUGGUGGAGGUGUAGGGUGUGUGCAGUCGUGUUUUCUUCUCGAUUUAUUCGUCUCGUCGUUGCGCAGGGGCCAUACUAAUCUUCUCUGUAUCCCUCCAAUCCUAACGGAUGUCACGAGGACUGCAGUCGUGUUUUUUAAUGGGAUCCCUUUUCGGGA